GCCACCCCGCCAGCCCCACCCGUCUGUCCGCACCGCACCACACCACAACUCCGACUCAUGAACGCUUUGCGCCCUCAGAGGCAACUCGAUCAGGGUGGUGGUAUGCAUGAGCUACCGGGACUGGAAGCACGCAACGUCAGACCGCGCGGCCCGGUCGCACUGUGCCGACACUACGGCACGGAAGACCAGAAUCCUCCGACUCGGCCCGAUAAGGCUGUCGGAGAUCACGUCGGAAACGUAACACCAAAAGAAAAGCACACAGACAAUUCUCAACUGUGGGCCGAAAAUGUCGACAACUGGUAUAAAGGCUUGUCGACCUACACACACCCUCUAUAUUACACGAAUGAAAUUCAAACAGAGAAACAGCUUGUGAAUACUACAGUGGGUAUUAAAACUAAACAGAAUAACAUUGAGACUACGAGUAUGGAAAGCAAGUUUCAUUCAGAGAAUGCAGGAGCAAGUCAUGACAAUAAUUGUGGUGACGGCGGUCUAAAAGACGAUUUAGAAAUUAAUGUUAUGUCUCGUAUACCAGAGCCAAACAGACUGAAAGAAUCUCGAGGUUUUAGAGAUGUACGUCGUUAUGACGAUGGACUGAAUAGGGUUGGAAACUCGAAACAUGACUAUGAUGAUUGUGAUAUAGAUUUAAGGAAAAAGUAUAGGAAACAAGUAGGAGAUAACUUAGUAGUACCAACUCCGUCGGAUUUAAAUCCCAGGAACAUUAGACGUAUGACUAUAGGGCAGAUAGCUUUGCCACAAACUCCAGAUACCUUUUAUAUAGAUACAGAUAAAAAUACCACAAGUAUUAAUUCUAUAGAUAUGCAGGAAAGUUGUAAUAGUAUUAUUGAAAAAGAGGAUACUCCGCCUGGAGAUAACCAAGUGGAUGGUCCUUCAGGUCCAAGUGCUAGUCCAAACAAUGCCACUGAUGAUACAAAUGCUGACAAGUCGAACCAAUCACUUGAUCAGCCUGCUAACGAUUGUAUCCCGUGUGAUGAAGUGGAGGAUAUAUCUUGGCUAACAACUCCAACACUAGACAGUGAUAAUCAUUCUCCAGGUAAAGAUAUAGAAUUAACUGAAGUAAAGCCUAAAAAUCUAAACAUCUAUAGUGUAGAAAAUCUAAACAUCAGUAAUAUAGAGGAACUAGAUAUUAGUAAUUUAGAAAAUCUAACCAUCUGUGAUAUAGAGGGUUCAUAUGAACAGUUUAUGUUAAACCAACAAGUAUUUCUGCAAAGUAUAGAGGGUGAUGGCAACAGUAUUACGUAUAUAUCCCAAGACUGUAAAAAUGAGAACCAAAUUGAAACUUUAGCUGUAUCUGAACCUGUAUCGUAUAAUACCAAUAAAGAUACAGACACGAGCGUUCAGACGAUAUUGUCCGCGUGCCCGGAGCCAACGUGCGGGGAGCAUGACUGCCGGGCCGACAGUCACCGCAAGCCUCAGGAUGAGCAAAACACAACGAACGACCAGAUCGUCUUAGCCCAGCUUCCUAACAAUGCUUAUAUUUUUUUAACAUUACCUCAGCCUUUAACUUCACAUAAUAAUGUUAACAUUUCUGUCCAGCCACUUCAAAUAGAAAAUAGUAAAGAUGUUAAUCCUAUUGUUUCUAAAAGUAAUAACAAAUCCAACAAUACUAAGAAGAAAAAACAAAAAGCUUCUGGCGGCACCUCAGAACAAGCCGUCAGUAGCGAUGCGAAGAAAAGUGCACUAGAUAAAAAUAUCCUUAAAGUACUACUGUUUGAAAAUCUCUUUAAUAACAACGUUAAUGAAAAUAUAUCGCACACUUCCGAGGUGCCUGCUAUCACCAGUAAAGAGGUCGAUUCCGCUAUUUCGUUUAGUUGCAUCACAACUCCAGAGGUUGUGUCCAGUUGCAACACGACGUCAUCCACGGCGCAGUCAGCGGUCGCCGUCGAUCCUAAGCCCCUGCAGCUGGGCAGCGACUACCGCGCGGUGAGCAGCCUGGUGGGCGCCGCGCCCCCAUCUGCGCCACCUCCCGCGCCCCCAUCUGCGCCCCCGCCCGCUCCCGCGCUCCCGCCCGCGCUUCCACAGCCUCGCAGCGUCAUCUCCAGCAGCUUCAACGGACUGCCACUGUCACGACCCAACUACGGCGCCACUGCCAACUCCGCUCCAGAAGAGUACAAGAAGUCACUAGAUGAAAACGGCAACUCAGUACAAGGAUUCAGUUCACCUCUUUCGGGAUCUAGUCAACACAAAAAGCCUAGGAGGAAAAAGUCUUCAAAGAAUGAGACCGUUAUCGACUGCCAACAGAUUGACGGCUACCAAGGCGAUAAGGAUGUAAACGAGCUCUUGCGGUUUAUAGAAUCGAACGCAGACAAUGGUCGCGGUCCUAAACUAGGACGGGUCAAGCACAAGGAUGACUCCGACGACAAGAGUGGCAAGAAACGCUCCACUGAGCGACGCAAAGAUAAAGAAAAUAAAAUCAAACGAGCUACCUCUAUGGAGGAACUAUCUCGCACUAAGAUAGAAGACCUCACCGACGCGACCGAGUCCCCACUGCGCAGCGACAAGAAGGAGCGCCGCAGCGACGUACCCAACAAGGCCGAGCGGCGCUCCUGGGGAGACGACGCGCGCGACUCCAUCCUCUACAACGACCACCCCACUGACAGCCCCGUCGCCGCCGCAGAGCUCACCGACUUCCAGACCGUCACCAAGAAGCGCAAACCGCGCCGUCGCACCGACGAACCAGAACCCGCACCGCGACGCACGCGCCCCCCUUCGCCGCGCCCCCGCCGCGAGUCCGCGCCCCCCUCUGACCGCAGCAACGACUCCAACGACGACAUGGACUCCGUGCACUCUCUGCCCAGCGCCACGCCCGCGCCCCCCGCCGCGCCCCCGCCCACCCAGGCCUCCUACGCCGACAUAGCGCGCACGCGGCACAACAUCCCAGACCUUAUCGAGUCCUGUAACUUCUACGGCGAUGGCGCAGCGCCGCCUGCUACCGCUCCCGCCGACGCUGACGGGUAUCCCGCGCUGGACGCCCGCCAGGCGGCCCGGCGCCGCGACAAGGCGCCCCCGCUGCGACGCAAGGAGCGCGCCGCGCCACCGGCCGACAGCGCCGCGGCCGAGGCGCCGGCCCCCGACGUGGUGGCGGAUCGGCGCCCCGCCGUCAUCCUGCUGGACUCGGGCGCGCGGCCGCGCGACAUGGACGGCGUCACGUUCGGGUUCGAGCUCAACGAGCAGCUGCUGGGCGGCGGCGCGCGGCGGCCGCGCUGCGAGCUGGCGCUGGGCGCGCUGGCGCGGCCGCGCUGCGACCUGGUGCGCGACGCGGCGGACGCGGUGGCGGUGCGCGCGGGGCUGAGCGCGCUGCGCUACGUGCCGCCGGCGACGGCGCCGGACGCGGCGGCGCUGCUGCAGAUCGUGGACUACGUGGGCGCGGCGUGGGACGACGUGCUGCGCUGCGGCGCCGGCAAGGUGCGCUACUACAGCGAGUAGUAGUAGGCCGCGCGGCCCCGACUGAGGAGAUGGCGCCGAGUCGAGCGCGACCCGACGGUCGGCGUAGAUCGUCGGACCGUCGAUUCUCGCGAGUGUUCGAGCUAUAUUUUACUAUAAAAAAAUUAAAUAAAAAACCUAAUUUACAAAAGAAAAAAAAACUGACACGAAGUUGAAUCAUUCCGCGGUGUCCUCGAGACAAAUAACGUAUGAGGUGCGGGUUAGAUGACGAUGUUAGUGUGAUGUGCAUCCACAAUGGCCAAGUAAGGAGUGUAGUGUGAAGUGUCGGACUCGUUGGAGGGAUGCGUCGUGUAUCGAGUGGAGGGCGGGCAGUGCAGGAGCGCAGCCUCCCUUUCCAAGUUGUACUGUGAUGCGUAGAUGCGACUGAUCGAUAUCUCGUUAAACUUUCAAAUGAAGUGAUUACACUAUUAACCUGGUGUUCUCGCUGUGGUUAAAUGAAAUUUUAUUUUGCUUACAAGUAAGAAAAGUGGCAAUAAGCAUUUAACGGUUCAACUUGCACUUUAAAAAUCUUUAUUUGUUAAAGUAAUUUAGAGGAUGAUGUAAUUUUAGUUUAUGGUCUGGCGCGAGGUCUGUUUUGCUGAAUGUUACAUAGAAUGCAACAUCAUUGUGUGGGUGAGAGUCACUAUUGCUUUAUAUUAACGGAUGUAUCACUAAACAAGUGUUAUUUGCAUUUUCUGUGUAUUAACACCCUGUCACCCUGCUUUAAGUUUUAAAUUAUUUGUGUGAAUGUACCAGAUAGAAAUAACACAGUUUGUAUAUCCUUGACUGGACUAAUAGCCAAGUACAAAAUUGCCUGAGUGGUUCUGUCAAAGAUCUCAGUGCAGUGGUGAUUGGUGAGUGUAGAGAGGAGCGGUACACAGCGCUACUGCCUUGUCGCGGCGCGCCAGACGAACAUUACUCAUGUUUAGUUCCAGUUGGAGAGGCAUGUAUUAUUUUGUUUCUGUUGAAUUUUAUUAUGCUUUUGUUAUGCUGUAAUCACAAAUAUUUGGCAGAUUUUUCUAACUAGCCACUCAAGUCUAUUUUGUUAUAUAUUUUUAAGUUUUACCAUUAGAUACUAUCUACUGUAAAUAAAAUAAAGAUCUUAUAAGAAGUAACUGGCAUACUAGAGGCGGCGCGACCACGCUUGGACAUGCUCUUACUACGACUCAGUUUAUACUGAAAAUGUGUAAGUUAGAAGUUUUAUUUAAAGAUCAUAUAAUAUGUAAGUCAUGUAAUAUCACCACUAGCUGUGUGAUUUAUUUUUUCUCGUAUAAUUCGAGUGUACAUAAAAUUUGAAUUUCAAUCCUUAGUAAGAUCGUGACCAAGUGACAUACUGCUUCUAUAUGUAAAUUUAACAUCUAAAUAUUGUAUACAUGUGGAUGUAUGUUAUGUACAUGCGAUUACUAAAAGCUAUCGGACGGCGCACUCAACGCCGGCGUUAGCGUUGUUCAUUUAUUGUCAUGCUAACUAACUGCUGUAUGACAAAUUAAAAUGGUUGACCAAACACUUGUAGUCAUUAAGAAGUCAUUCAAAUUCAUCGUAGUGUGGAUACUUGUUUACAGUAACGUAAUUCACGUCCUAAGUUAAAUAUCUUAUACUUAAACCAGUUUCUUUCGAAAAUAUAAAAAAUGCAUUGACUACUGUAGGAAUCGUGUGAUGAGUGAUAUCAUCGGUAAGAAAAAAAUCAUGGUUUAUUUAAAGUAGCUCCAAACGUAAAGUGAGAAUUAUUAUAAUUAUUGUGUAAUAUAGUCAAUUUUACGAAAAGUCGCAUUUACGUAACAAAGGUUUAGUGUGAUCGUUUAUUUUUAUACCAAAACAUUGUCCAUACCUUCUUGCUAGGGCCUGCGUGCAUGACAACUCGCUGGAUACAUACUGAAACAUAAUCCUGUCGGACUCAGUCUGGUAGCAAUGUGUUUUUGUUAUGUUGAGCAGUAAAUAAAUUAAAUGAUAAUGAGUGAGUGGGCAUGCAAGCGAGCCUCACUGUAAUUGCUUUGGAUCUCGGAUCCAGAAUAUAUUUGACAUAAAACUAGUCGACAAGAAAACCUAAAAAAAAAAGUUUAUAUAUAUUCCUAUGAGAAGUACGCGACUUAGGAUAAUAUUAUUCUUUCAUGCAUAAAUAAGUAAAUGAGCAUUUCUAAUUUUACUGAGAUAUAAAAUUAGUCUUGUAUUGGCUUUUUACUAUACCUACCACUAUAUCAGGGUCCUUGGCAUGCCUUCUUACAUGGGGCAUACAUUUUAAUAAUUUUUACCUAUGUAAGACCUUUUCUCGUCAAGAAUGUCUGAUUCAUCAAAUAAUAAUCUCAUUGAUACAGUUAUUGAUGUAAAUGAGUAAACGCCAACAAGCUCACAUUAAAGAAAUUCUACGAAAACAUUAUUCAUGAUUAUAUUUUACUCCCCCAAUUAUUUGAGGAUAAUUACAUCAGAUUUUUCUAAGACUUAGUGAUUAAGAUUAGUUUGUGCUCAAAAUUGUUUGAUAUCUGGUUACCUAUCAUGAAAAAGUGACAGUGCAUUUAUGUAUAUUAAAAACUCCGAGAAUUUUUUAUAACUGUAUCCUCAUUUAAUAAUUAUUCAGUUAUUAGUACACUCCUAAUCAAACUUAGGUAGAAGUACCCCAACCUUUCCUAUACAAUGCAUCAAUGCAAUCACUUGUCUAUGUCUUCCAUAUUGUAUAUGUAGCUAUCCCUGUAUCAUCUGUCAGACAAGUUAGUACAAAUGAUAUCUAAUGCUGAAGGAUCUGAUGUAAUUAAGUAAUGACUACUAUAUGAGCUUAGGGCCCAUUCAAAUAAAAAGCUGAGAUAUCGAAUUCAUUAGCUUUCUUUCAUAGUAUAUACAAGUAGUCACUUAUUUGGUUGGAUGAUUCGUCAUUACAUAAAUCAGUAUGAACGGCCACAACAUUGUAAAUAUAGUGUACAUUAAUUUCAUUUUAAUUUCAGAGAGAUAAUGUUUUAAAUAUUGUUGAGAUUGAUAUCAAUGUACUGAGAGGAAGCUCAUAUCAAAGGUAUAGAAAUUAUUUAUUAUUUCUUUCCCUUGUAAAAUAUGUAUAUAGAAAUUCAGAAAAUUAUCGGAUUUUAUCGUUUUAGUGCAUCCUAGACGUUGUAGAUAAAAGAUCUCUAAGUUGGAUGUUGUGACUACACACGGAACAGACUUAUGAAGGGGCGUGGCUCGGCCACAAGUCGAGCGCCCGCGCCUGCAGGCCCGCUGCGUCAGUUCACACUGACUCUCGUCGACCUCUAUAUUUACUGAUUCUGAUACAAAUAUGUCAUCGUUUACGUUUUCAAUGUGCGAAGGAAUUGCUGGUGUCUCUCUUAAAUUGCUAGACUUCUUGGCACAAGUUGGUAAUUUGACAUGUUAAUGUACAUAGAAUCUGAUGCUAGACCAGAGUCCCUGUUGGAAUCGACGCAGCGGGGUGGUGCGCCAUGCUAAGCGCCGUAGGCGUAUGCCGCCCUAAUAAUAUGUAUUGCAAUUACUAUGCUGAAAACAUAACCAUUUAUAAUAUUAAUUUUAUCGUAUUUUAAAAGCUACUUGAAUAUUUUUUUAUGCCAAGUAUCUGGAGAUCUAAAAAUAUACAUAAGAGAAUAUAAUUAAAGUAUGGAUGAGCUAAAAUUAAUUAUCUUGAGCUGAAAUAUAUGUAAUUAUUUUGUUUAGGUAAUGGAGUGAUAUUGCUUAGGAAAGCUAUUUGGCGAAGUGUAAAUGUAUAAAUAAAUUAAUGCUGAAACAUAAGUUUUCUACGAUUGUGUCAUUUUCUGAAUAAAUAAGUAAUUUCUCACUGCAACUACCAUUUUAAUGUCGGUUAAAAUUUUUAGUUCCUGCUCCUUCCUGUAGCUCCCAUGGAAUAAUUUGUUCAGAAAAUGUGACAAACGUUCUGUAUCAUAAUAUGUACCAAUAUGAAAAUUUUAUUUAUCUGCUUUGCAUCUAACUGUUUAAUAAUUCUUCUAGGUUUUUACUCUAUUCUUUAUUUGUAGCGAUUUUUAGGGCUUGUUUCACAAUGAUCGAGUGUCUGUUGAGUUGACGGAAAGUUCUCCGUAUUUUCUACAGGAAAUGUGCUUAGCAGAUUUUAAUCGGACAUUGUGAUGCAGUCCUUUAUUUUAAUUGAUAUUAAAAGACGACGUUGAUGAAACCCUUACCUUUUAAUGCUUUCCAUAGAACAGGAAAUUAGUAGAAACUAGAGAUUAUUUUAUCUGACUAGCAGAUUGAGCUGAUCUCGGGGUAUAAUCAAUCAAUAGCUUCUACUCACUUCUUUACUACAGACAAUCGAAACUUCUUUGUUAAUUUUCGUGAGAGAGUUGUAACACCAGACUGGCUUUGGUGUUACAACUCGCUUUAAACAAACCAAUAGGAAACAUGUAAAACUACAUAAUAUUAGAUACAUAGCGAAUGAUAAUGGCGCAUUUUUUUUUGUGAUGUUUUCCUUACGUGUUUUUCAUCCGACAGAACGACGUCUUUUAUAUUUGCAUUUUUACUUUGUUAGUUGGGCCCGAUACUCGAGUAACCCUAUUUUAAUUCUUACAAAAAGUUAAAAAUAUUGUUUUGAAUAUUAAUUUUCAUUGACAGUCGUGGCAUUACCUAGUUUUUGGUCGAUGUUUGCUAUAAAUGUAUGAUACUGGAGUGAGAGUUAAUUUUACCUACAUUAACUGUGUAGAUGUUAUAUUAAUUUAAAAGUUAUUUAAUAAGUGAUUAAGGUUUUGUCCACGACUGUACACAGGGCUAUAAAGGCGCGACAAUAAUGUCAAUUUUGUUCGCAACUUUCCCUUUAUUAUUGUUAUUCCUUUGUAAAUGUGAAUAGAGUAAAAACUUAGUACCGAUUUUAACUGUAAAAGAUUUGUUUAUAAACAAUAUUGUAACCAACUGCAAUUUACAGUUAUGUACUUUUUCACUGUUUCCGUUUUCUUAAUAAAAUGUUGAAAAUACAAAA